AAGAAGCAUCGAGUUGUGAGCCCAUCCUAUCGUCAGUGUGAACGCGCGAGUCGAACAAUUCGUUAGCGCGCGAUUUUCCAAAGAUUUAAAAAUGUUUUAUUUUUUCCUCGCUUUGUUAGUGGCCAGUGCUCAGGCAAAGUUUUAUUCGGAUUGUGGUUCGAGAUUAGCUACUAUCCAAAAUGUAGGCGUCAGUGGCUGUUCCAUGGAUGCGAAGUCAUGCAUUCUUAAGAGGAAUACCAAUGUCACAAUCAACAUUGACUUUACCCCUUCUAAAGCGGUUACUUCGGUUGAGACAGUAGUGCAUGGUAUCAUCAUGAAUUUGCCGGUUCCAUUCCCGAUUUCACAGCCAGACGCUUGUAAAGGAAACGGUCUGACAUGCCCCCUUAAGGCGGGUGAAAAGCAAGCAUACAAAACAACAUUAGCAGUACUCAAAGCGUAUCCAAAAGUAAGCGUUGACGUAAAAUGGGAACUGAAGACUGAAGCUGGAGAGGAAUUAGUCUGCAUUUUGAUACCUGCACAAAUUAAAUAGAAGUCUAACAACAGAUAUAAAUCAUACAAUAUUUUGUGAUAAUUCUUUUGAGAACGUAAAAAGAAUAAUAAUUAAUUGUAUGCGGCUUUUUUUAUAAUAGUCUAUAAAUCGGAUGAUGCCGAUAUGUUAUAUUGUGUGCACUAUAUAAGUAUGUAAUGGCAUUAACAGAAAAGACAUUUAAUAAGCAUCGUAGAAUAAAAGCACGGUACUAGUAGUGCCGUGUCAGUAAACUAAUAACACCCAAAAAUUUGAUUAAAAUUACUUAAUUUUGCUUUGAAUUUUUAAACAACUGUAAUUUCUUUGUACUGUAAAAACAGAUUUGCCUCAAAUUUUUAUCAGGCGUUUCUUUAUGAAUUUUAAACUAGAUUCCUUAAUAUUAUAUACAACCACUACUUGCUUUAUAUUAUAAUCAAGUUUGUUUUUAAAUAUAAGAAAGGUAUUUGUGAUUAUAUAGUUACCUAGUUCUUAGACGAUAUUCAUUAGUUUUCAGCAAGAAGUUUUAAAUUUGUAAGUCUUGCCGUGUCCAGUCGUAAUAUAAGGUUUCUUAAUAAAUAUUUGUAAUUAUUUUGUAUAUACAUUUAGAACCUCUACAUGACUCAAAUAAACGUGUUUUGAAAAUAGAUAUAUUUUUAUUAUAAGGGAAAAGUCUAUUGACUAGAGCUCGCGAAGAAGAAGUCGCAUCACACCUAUAAGGAGUACAGAGCAGCCUCAUUUUUGCGCAUGCGACUUAUUGUUGCAGUUUGCAAAUAACUCGUAACUGACCCAACUGCUCCUUUGCCCUUUAUCUCUUAUAAAUAACAAAAGUAAAUGAAACCAAUAUGUGCUUUAUGAAAACCUUUAAUAUAUUAUUUUACAAAUAUU